UUGGUCUGUCUCCUCAGAAUGAAGCGCGGGCAGAAGCGAGUGGAUGAGGCGGAGGAGAGCAGUGUGUCGGGCCCCGGGGCCCCGGAGCUGUGCAAGCGGGUCCGCUGGGCUGGUUCUGAGGACGACGGCUCGGUGGACUGGCGACUGCUCCCCGAGGAGAUCCUGCUGAUCGUCUUCCAGUACCUGCCUCUGCUGGACCGGGCCUGGGCCGCACAGGUGUGUCGCGCCUGGAACAACACCUUCCACACGCCGCAGCUCUGGAGGUGCUUCGAGUUCCAGCUCAACCAGCCGGCCAGCUCCUGCCUGAGGGCCACACACCCCGACCUCAUCAAGCAGAUCAUCACGCGCCACUCCAACCACCUGCAGUACGUCAGCUUCAAGGUGGACAGCAGCACUGAAUCUGCAGAAGCCGCGUGUGAUAUCCUCUCUCAGCUCGUCAACUGCUCUCUGAAGACCCUCGGCCUCAUUUCCACCGCAAGACCCUCCUUCAUGGAGCUGCCCAAAUCUCACUUCAUCUCCGCGCUGACGGUGGUGUUCGUGAACUCUAAGUCUCUGGCGUCUCUGAAGAUCGACGACACUCCGGUGGACGAUCCGUCGCUCAAAGUGCUGGUGGCGAACAGCAGCGACACACUGAAGCUGCUGAAGAUGAGCAGCUGUCCACACGUGUCCCCCGCAGGAAUCCUGUGUGUGGCGGAUCAGUGUCACGGUCUGCGCGAGCUAGCGCUAAACUACCACCUGUUGAGCGACGAGCUCCUGCUAGCGCUGUCGUCGGAGCGCCACGUUCACCUGGAGCACCUGCGCAUCGACGUGGUGAGCGAGACCCCGGGCCAGAGCUUCCACUCCAUCAAGAAGAGCAGCUGGGACGCCAUGCUGCGCCACUCGCCCCAGUUCAACCUCGUCAUGUACUACUUCCUGUACGAGAACGAGUUCGGGCCGUUCUUCCGCGACGAGGUGCCGGUGACGCACCUGUACUUCGGGCGUUCGGUCAGUAAGGAGGUCCUGGGCCGCGUGGGGCUGACGUGCCCGCGGCUGGUGGAGCUGGUGGUGUGUGCUAACGGCCUGCGCCCGCUCGACGAGGAGCUGAUCCGCAUCGCUGAGCGCUGCAAACACCUGGCGGCCAUCGGCCUGGGCGAGUGCGAGGUCUCCUGCAGCGCCUUCGUGGAGUUCGUGAAGAUGUGUGGCAAGCGGCUCUCGCAGCUCUCCAUCAUGGAGGAGGUUCUGAUGCCCGACCACCAGUACGGGCUGGACGACAUCCACUGGGAAGUGUCCAAACACCUGGGGCGCGUCUGGUUCACCGACAUGAUGCCCACCUGGUAGCCGGAGACACACGUCAGCCGGGUGCUCACUAGGCCUGCA